AAAGAUGUCUCUGGUGUUGUUUAAUUUUUUUUCUAAUAAUAAUGUGGAAUAAUAUAAAUACAAGGGGUAAUGAACAAAAGAUUAUUAAGGAAAAGGAACAAUACUAUGUGAAUUCAGGAAGAUGUCAAAUGCCUUAUGUGAAUCCCUUCAAUGACGAGGUGAUGAAAGUUUAUAAGCGUUUUCAAUUUAUACCCUGUACAAAUGAGAGUGAUCUGGUCACGGUUCUCUACGAUGAGUUCAUGAAAAAAUAUGUUCUUCACAUAAAUGAGGAAGUAGUUCAUCAAAUGAUAGAGUUGAACGAGAAUGCAGUCGCCUGUUUUUAUCAGAAAAUUGUUUAUGGCAAACAUGCUGAUGUCUAUGAUAGUCUAGGAAAUAAAACACGUUUUAAUCAGGAUUAUAUAGUACCCUAUGACGUAGCGGGCAUGUUGGUGGAGUGUAGAACAGCAGACGAAACUAAAGUCCUGCAAAAGGAUGCCUUUGUUUUAGUUCAACCUCCAAAAAAGUUCAAAAAAAUUGGAUCCCAUCGUAAGCCAAGUAUUAUUAUGUAUGGAAUCGAUACAGUAUCCCGCACAAAUUUGCGUCGAACAAUGCCAAUGAUAUUUGAGUUUCUUAAAUCUCCAGGCUGGUACGAAAUGAAGGGCUAUAAUAAGGUGGCUGAUAAUUCGUUUCCAAAUAUAUUCGCCAUGCUUACCGGAUUCUCGCCAGAAACGGCAAAGACACAAAUCUGCGAUACGGAUCUCCCGAAGUGCCUGGACAAUGUUCCAUUCAUUUGGAAGGAACUCAAGAGGACCGGCUAUUUGACAGCCUAUGCUGAGGACGAGACCGGGGCCAACACCUUUACGUAUUCGAAGCAUGGCUUUUCUAAGAAGCCCGUGGAUUAUUAUUUUCGACCGUUUCUUACUGCCCUGGAGAAUAAUACUCUCACCACUCGCUGUCCAGGAUGUCAAAUGAAGUACUGCCUUGGUAGAAGACUGGCCAAUAGCUAUAUCUUUGACUAUUGCCGCCAGUUCAUGAAACGUUUUGUGGCAAGUCGCCCGAUUUGGGGCAUGUUUUGGUCUAAUCACUUCAGUCACGAUGACACCUUCAUGCUCUCAGGCAUGGAGCACAAAAUUCUGACUGAUCUCUUGAACUUCGAGAGAGAUGGGGCCUUCGAGCAUACCAUCAUGAUAUUUUUCUCGGAUCAUGGUGCCCGGUUCGGUCCUUUGAUGCAGAUGAAAGAAGCCUUUCUGGAGGAGCGACAACCCAUGAUGUUUAUCUACUUGCCGCCGUGGUUCCGCAGUAAAUAUCCCCAGUAUGCCCUAGCCCUGGCCCAGAAUCAGAAUCGCCUUAGCUCCAACUUCGACAUGUACAACACCUUGAAGCACAUCCUCCGAAUCGCUAAGAUGCAGAAGGAUUCCAAGGUGUCCUGGUCGUACGACUGCCCCAAAUGUCAGUCCCUGUUCUAUCCACUGCCCGAAAAUCGCAGCUGCUCGGAGGCCGCCAUUAAGGAGGAGUACUGUACGUGCCAUAGGUACGAGGAGGUCCGCGACAACGCCUCGAACUGGAGAAUGGCGGAGAUGGUGGUGAAUCGCAUAAACCAGUAUCUUUGGCAGAAUCGUCUCCAGAACCUGUGUGCCAAUCUCACGCUAAGGUUUGUGAAUGCCACCGAAGAGAGGGUCGACAAUAUGGACGGAAACCUGAACACGAAGACUGGAUUGCGGCACUAUCAUUCCAAGUUUCAGGUUCAUCAGAACUUGGGCGAGUUCUUUGCCACAAUCCUGUACAACAAGGACAGCAAGGAGCUGAAAGUCAAUGUGGAACUCAUCAGUCGCAUCAAUAUGUACGGCAACGAUUCGGUCUGUGUCAAAAAUAAAAUUCAGAAGCUUUAUUGCAUUUGUCUCACAGAACUAAAAAAUAUAUAA